AUGGCCCCCGUUGCAGUAGAGUCCGCCAAAAUGACCAUUCCCGAGAACCCAACAAAGCAGAAUGGCGCCGCUCCGGCCAAGCGCCACGAGGAGUAUCAGUACCUGGAUCUCGUCCGUGAGAUCCUCGAGACUGGCGAGCACCGACCAGACAGAACUGGCACCGGCACUUACUCCCUUUUUGCUCCGAUCCCCCUCAAGUUCUCUCUCAACAAGGACGGCGAGCCCCUUCUGCCCCUCCUCACCACGAAACGCGUCUUCCUCCGCGCCGUCAUCGCCGAGUUGCUCUGGUUUGUCGAGGGUAACACAUCUUCCCUUGCGCUGAGCGAGGCAGGCGUCAAGAUCUGGGAUGGCAACGGCUCGCGUGAGUUCCUCGACAGUGUCGGUCUGUCCCACCGCGAAGUCGGUGAUCUCGGCCCAGUGUACGGCUUUCAAUGGCGACACUUUGGCGCCGAGUACGUCGACUCCAAGACGGACUACACUGGCCAGGGUGUGGACCAGCUCGCCGAGGUCAUCCAUAAGCUCAAGACGAACCCCUACGACCGCCGCAUUCUCCUCAGCGCAUGGAACCCAGCCGACCUGAAGAAGAUGGCCCUCCCGCCGUGCCACAUGUUUGCGCAGUUUUACGUUUCUUACCCGCGGUCACCAAAUGCGUCUGCUGAGGAGAAGCCAAAGGGCCACCUGCACUGCCAAUUGUACCAGCGCUCUUGCGAUAUGGGACUGGGUGUGCCGUUCAACAUUGCGAGUUACGCGCUGUUGACACACAUGAUUGCGCGCGCCUGCGACCUGGUUCCUGGCAGCUUGACACACGUCAUGGGCGACGCCCACGUCUAUGCCGACCACGUGGACGCUCUGAAGGUGCAAUUGGAGCGUGAGCCCAGGGACUUCCCCAUGCUAGAGCUCAACAAGGAGGCGGGUUGCAGCAUUGAUGGGUGGAAAGUGGAGGAUUUUGUGGUCAAGGGUUAUGACCCGCAUAAGACGAUUGCCAUGAAGAUGUCUGUGUAA